AUGACCUACGGAUCUAGAGACCAACAGUACAACCAGGACAACUACGGAGGCCGUGGUGGUGAUUUUCGCGGUGCCAGACCCUCUGACCGUCAAUAUCAGAGCGGCGGUGGUUUCCGUAACGGUGGCGGUUUCCGUGGAGGAAACUACCGUGCUCCUCCUUCGCAACCACAAGAAUUGGUUGCACCAAACUGGGACGAAGAACUUCCAAAUUUGCCAAAGUUUGAGAAGAACUUCUACGUCGAGCACGAGACCGUGAAGGACCGUUCGGACUCUGAGGUGCAGCAAUUCAGAAAGGAAAAUGAAAUGACCAUUUACGGUAAGGACAUUCCAAAGCCAAUCACAUCUUUCGACGAGGCUGGCUUCCCAGACUACGUUUUGGCUGAGGUUAAGGCCGAAGGUUUCGAAAAGCCAACCGGCAUUCAGUGCCAAGGUUGGCCAAUGGCGCUUUCUGGUCGCGACAUGAUUGGCGUUGCUGCCACUGGUUCUGGUAAGACUCUUUCUUACUGUUUACCUGGUAUUGUGCACAUCAACGCUCAGCCACUGCUAUCUCCUGGUGAUGGGCCUAUUGUUCUUGUCCUAGCUCCAACCAGAGAACUUGCCGUUCAAAUUCAAAAGGAAUGUUCCAAGUUUGGUAAAUCCUCUAGAAUAAGAAACUGCUGUGUCUACGGUGGUGUUCCCCGUGGUCACCAAAUCAGAGAGCUUACUAGAGGUGCUGAAAUUGUGAUUGCUACCCCAGGACGCUUGAUCGAUAUGCUCGAGAUCGGUAAAACGAACUUGAAAAGAGUCACUUACUUGGUCUUGGAUGAAGCUGACAGAAUGUUGGACAUGGGUUUCGAGCCUCAAAUCCGCAAAAUCGUGGACCAAAUCAGACCAGACAGACAAACCCUUAUGUGGUCUGCUACUUGGCCAAAGGAGGUUCAACAACUUGCUAAGGAUUACCUACACGAUGCCAUUCAGGUCAACGUCGGUUCUUUGGAGCUAGCUGCAUCUCACAACAUCACUCAAAUUGUGGAAGUUGUCUCUGAAAUGGAAAAACGUGACCGCAUGUUAAAGCAACUUGAAGCUGCUGCUGAGGACAAAGAGUCUAAGAUUUUGAUUUUUGCCUCUACUAAAAGAACUUGUGACGAGUUGACCAAGUACUUGAGACAAGAUGGAUGGCCUGCUUUGGCGAUUCACGGUGACAAGCAACAGCAAGAGCGUGACUGGGUUUUACAAGAGUUUAGAAGUGGGAGAUCACCUAUUAUGGUUGCAACGGAUGUUGCCGCUAGAGGUAUUGAUGUCAAGGGUAUCAACUUCGUCAUUAACUAUGACAUGCCAGGUAACAUUGAAGAUUACGUCCAUCGUAUUGGUAGAACCGGUAGAGCCGGUGCCAAAGGUACUGCUAUUUCCUUCUUUACCGAAGCCAACAAGAGCUUGGGUGCCCAGCUUAUCAGCAUCAUGAGAGAAGCUAACCAACAGAUUCCUCCAGAGUUGUUGCAAUACGAUAGAAAACAAUAUGGCGGUCACCCAAGGUAUGGACGUGGUGGAUUCGGUGGUCGUGGCGGCCGCGGUGGAUACGGACGCGGUCGUGGUCGUGGUGGCUAUGGUGGUGGCAGCUACGGUGGUGGCUACGGCGGCCAAAGAUCCAGAGAUUCUGGUUGGGGAAACAGAGGUAAUAGCUACAACUAUUAG